UUGAGUUUCCUCUUAGUUUUACAAGAGAUUUUUAUUUUGGACAGUGUAUUUCUCUGCGGAAGAUGACGAUCACAAAUUUCUCAAUCGAAUAUGAUGCCAUCAACAGCAAAAACACCUUCACAAAUGGAGAUACCAUUAAUGGAAGAAUCAUUGUGGAGGUUUCUAAAGAAACUAGAAUCCAGUCGAUUAUUUUUAUGGCAAAAGGAAAAGCUCGGGUUUGCUGGCACGAAUAUUACGGGCAACAUCAACAUCGUGUUUACUGGGCUGAUGAGAAAUACUAUAGUGUCAAGCAUCAUAUCUUGAGAGAUGCAAGACAAGAUGGUACUGAAGUCAUUAGUAAAGGAAGACAUGUAUUUCCUUUUUCCUUCAAGAUUCCUGACAGAAAACUACCAUCAUCUUUCAAAGACUCCAUAGGCAAAAUUGUUCACAAGUUGAGGGCAGAACUUAAACAGCCAAUGAAACUGACAAAAAAGGCCAAAGCCCACUUCACAUUCGUCUCCAAAGCAGACAUGGAUUUUCCCGGGCUUAUGGAAUCCCAGUAUGGCAGCAAGGAUAAAAGCAUCAAACUUUUUGGCUCUGGAACCGUUUCAAUGGAUGUUCACACCAAGCGGAUGGGAUACAUGCAAGGUGACGCCUUAGAAGUCACAGUUGAAAUCAGCAACCACUCAAAACGUUCGGUGAAGCCCAAAUUCAUACUGUACGAGAAGAGGAGUUUCUUUGCCCAGGGUCGCAGGAGAGUUUGCACAAAGGACAUCCACAAGGAGAAGGCUGAGGCUGUUGCAUCCUCUAGCAAAGAGACCGUGACCAAGGUGAUCCCCAUCCCCAGAGCGCUACCUCCCUCCAUCUUGAACUGCUCCAUCAUCAAGCUGGAGUACAGGCUGAAGAUCCAUCUGGACAUCAAAUGUGCUUUGGACCCAGUGGUCAAACUCCCCAUAGUUGUCCUUCCAGAGGUUUCUGUAGUCAAACAACCACCUGCUUCUGCGGCAUUUGGAUUUGAACCAUAUGGGGAACCAAACCAACCAACUAAGCGCACCGCACCACAACAAGCAGUACCCCAAUCUGUGGAUCCCCCACCUCCCUAUGGAGCAUACGCAAUGUACCCCCCUACUACUCACCCUGAUAAAAAAUAGCACUGAAUUCUAAGUACCUGCCUGUUACAGCUGUAUGUUCCAGAUGCUCUGUCUGUCCCUUAUUUUCCUGUCUUCUCUGUAGCUCUGCCCAGGUUCAACCUGAUCAGUCAUGAUGAGGCAUACCUGUCCUUAAACCUGUUACGUACAGUGGGUACGGAAAGUAUUCAGACCCCUUAAAUUUUUCACUCUUUGUUAUAUUGCAGCCAUUUGCUAAAAUCAUUUAAGUUCAAUUUUUCCUCAUGAAUGUACAUACAACAGCCCAUAUUGACAGAGAAACACAAAAUUGUUGAAAUUUUUGCAGAUUUAUUAAAAAAGAAAAACUGAAAUAUCACAUGGCCAUAAGUAUUUAGACACUUUGCUGUGACCAUCAUAUAUUUAACUCGGGUGCUGUCCAUUUCUUCUGAUCAUCCUUGAGAUGGUUCUACACCUUCAUUAGAGUCCAGCUGUGUUUGAUUAUACUGAUUGGACUUGAUUAGGAAGGCCACACAC